GUGUGCAGUAAAUGAGGGGGCCAUGGGGGGAUCUGGCAGGAUGGACAGUCAGAGGACAGGCUCCAGCUCUCCCUCUUCAGGACAUUUGGUGCAAGCAGGAGUUUAGUGUGAGCCAUGCCUAAUCCCGGCCCUCCCCGAACAGAUAAGGGGCAGUGCAGGUGCUGCCGUGUGAUCUCAGCUUCCCUAAUCAGUGUCGAAGAGGAUAAGGAAAGACAAGGAAAGUGUCCUUGGGAAGGCAGCACAUGGAGGAGGAAAAGCCACCAAGGAAGUAAACACAGGUGUCAUCAGCCCCAAACAACGACCUGCCAUGGCUAUAAAAAUCACCAGGCUGCCACUUGGUCACCACCUUUACCUUAAAGGUGCCGGAUCUGCUGGACCUCUGCAGAGACCAUCUCCAAACUCCUGGGACUGCCGGAACACGCAGCCGAGGAUUGAUAAAGGAAAAUGGAAGGCCAAUGUGACCAGCGGGAAGGGCGAUCUUCGUGGCAUCACCAGCCCUGUUUGUACUGCGGGGAAAAUGCUUUCAAAUUUGUGAUUGCAGGAUUUACUUUGCUUUCUGGUAUGUGCAUAGUGCUGAGCACCCAGUGUGUCCAACAAACCCAUCAGCAUCUUGGUAAAAAUGGCAUUCAUUCUCACUUAGAAAGGGACCUUGACUCACAGGCCACAGCCCAGCACAGGCUUAGGAGGCACACAAAAACUGGGACUGAUUGGCCCUGGUCCCAAGCUUACAUAAAACACACGGGAAUCAUGGGAUUAAAUUCUAACAAAGGCUUGAAUUUGUCAACAGUGGUCAUGCAUGGGGCAGAGGUGUACUUGGAAAAUGAGUGGGGCUGGGAUAGCACAAACAGACUUCCACAGCUGCUGGGAAAGGUGGGACAGCAAAUAAAAGUGGGGUGCAGGGUAAUUAACGGAUCCACUCACCAGCAAGUAACUCAAAUCUCUGUCACUGAAAUAAAAACUAAGAAAAAUCAGAACAAAAUCUGUGCUGUGGAGAAUUUGGACUGCUGGUACAAUUUCACUUUGGUCCAGCCAGUCCUUGUGGUUUGCCUUUGGGCACACAACAGUGUGGGGCUGUCCUUUAAAUUUAAGAUCAGCACCACAGCACCCUCCUUUGCUGCCAUUAAGAUCUCAAAGUGCCAUUUUUUGGCCUGGCAAGCACCCCGUUACGUUGAAAUUGGCAACCAGGUAAAACUGGAAAUUAAAUACUCCCAAGAAAGUGUAGCUGACCCAAUGCAAAUUAAUGGCACCACCGUGACUGUCACAGCCCCUGACGGCCACAAGUGGAUCAUUCCACUGACCUGCCUCUUUGAGACCAAAACACUUGAUAGAUCUGAAUUAGAUGCAGAGGCUUCAUGGUAUAAUCAGGAUUAUGGACGCUGCCCACACCUGAUCAUAACCCUCCAGGUGUGGUGUCAAGGAAACCUGAGCGUAGAAAUGUCCCCCAGACUUGGAGGAAAGUGGUGGAUAGGAGGCCCUGAAGGAUUUAAAAAAGAAUUUGCCAUCAUUGCUGUCUUGCCCCCUUUUGUUUCCAAAAUAGGUCCUUACGUAGUGAAGAAAAAUCACAUGCAGGAGCUGUUGACAGGGCCUGUCCGGUCACUAAAGAAGGUGGUGCUGUCUCUCUCCACCGUUAACAUUUCCUCUGUCAGCCCACACUGUGCCCCCUUCCUGUCCACUCUGCACACUGGCUGGCUGGCAUGGCUCCACAGCCGCUCCCUCCAGGGCACCCGGGCCAGGAGGGACCUGCUGGCCACAGCGUUGGGAGGAGGAGCUGCUGGCCUGGGAGUCCUCAACAGCAUGGAUGCUGAAGUCUUGGCAAACAAGCUGGAGACUGUCACCUCGGGCGUGCAGGGCCUCCUCAAGCCCCUGAAUUCAUCCUUGUCCAGCCUUGGGAUGGGGCAGUGGCUUGUGUCAGAGGUGCUCCCCACCUGGGAACAAAUAAGUGAGAAAGACCAUCAGGUGCUGUUGCAAGCCCUGGGCGUGGAGCAAAGUAACAUCUCUCUCGCUCUUAGCUGCAUCCAGGCCCAGAUGUGGGUGCAGAGUGUUGUUGCAGGUAUCCUGAGAGAAGGUGACAACGGCGUCCUGCCCACCGAGAUCCGAAAGAUCGUGUGGGACGCGGCCACAGAGAAGGAGCGGCAGCUCCAGGCCUGGUGGAGGCUCGUCAACUUCACCCACGACCAGGCCCUCAACGCGGUCGUUGCCCACGUCCUCACGGUGGCAGAGGCUCGCAUUGAAAAGGUCUACCCCAUCGUGGCCCUGGGGGUGAACACCAACGGGUCUGUGGUCUACCCCCUGGACCACCGCAUGUGGGCCAGGGUGUCUGAUGGGAGGUGGGAGACGGUGGAUUUGGAAGCCUGCAUUUUGGAGAGGGGGCUGGGAUUCAUAUGCGAAGAUGAUGCCCUUAAGGCGAGUGAUGUGUGCUUUGACACCAAAGAAGGGGUGUGCCACUUUGAGAUCAACCCCCAGAGCAGCAACAAAACCAUGUUAGUGUACGUAGGGAAAGGCUGCGUGUGCUUCAGAACGACGUGUAAAUACGUGCAGAUUAACGAAGCUUAUAACCAGACCGUGUUUAGCGACUCAAAUAUGUGUGCUUGCAAUGUAGCUACUAUUAGAGGCUGUGAUUUUGUGUAUAAACCACCUGUGUUUACUAGCCAGUUGCUAAUCAGAAACUAUACCUUGUAUCGUAGUAUAACCCCGACCCCCAUCGGUAUGGAUUUAUCACUUGUAAAAGAAAUGUUAGAGCAUGCAGAUUUGCAGCAGCUGCUAGAAAAUGCCAAGGCCCAAGCUAAAAAGAUCCUAAUAACGGUUCACCACGAUGGUAAAGUUAUAAAACAGGUCUUGGAACGAAUUAAGAGGGUGGGAGAGCACCACUGGUGGGAAGUUUUUUUCGGCUGGUCCCCCACGGCCACGGGCAUUUUCAACAUGCUGCUGCACCCCAUUGUAGUCAUCCUGCUGAUGCAAAUCUGUGUGUGCUUUGCCAUGGUAGCCACUUGUUACCGGAUGAGGCAGAUGAAGCUCUGCUUUGACAACCAGGUGAAAGGAGCAGGGCUGGCCAAGAGCCUCCUGAAAUAGUCAAGGGCAAGACUGGGUUGGCCUCUGUGUUUGCCACCAAGAAGAUCUUUUGGCUCCGCUGUUGGCUGCAACCCAGUAGGCGUUGAGCGGUGGGGACACACGCCAUGCCAGACCUUGAUGAGAGGGAUGGCCUUCUCUGUUAGCAGAGGGCCACCCAGGAGGGGAGGACAGGCCAAGCAGCCUGCAGAUGGCAUCAGUCACAGAAUGGCUGAGGUUGGAAGGGACCUCUUGAGAGGUUUCAUUUAGUCUGAACCCACCUGCUCAAGCAGGGUCACCUAGAGCAGAUUGCCCUGGACUGCGCUCAGCUGGGCUUUGACCAUCUCCACAAUGUGGAUGGAGACUCCACAACUUCUCUGGGCAAACCUGUUUCAUUGUUUGAUCACCCUCAUAGUAAAGAAGCAAAAGUUAGCAUAAGUAGCUUGUUUUUGAACUUCCCAUUCCCAAAUAGUAAUGUUAAGGAGCUGCUCUUGUGUGAUUUAAGAGUCCUUAAACCAGGGAGAUGGGGGUAAGGAAAGCCAAGGACGCUGUCUUUGGAAGGAAAGAGAAGGAAAUGUAACACCUGAGCUUGGAAAAGCACCCCUGGGAGACAGCAGGGGUGUGAACAGCCUCAAAGACUUGGAAAGAUGGUAAAAGAUGAGAAGAACAGAGGACCCUGUAGUCACCAUGGACUUUAAGGAGCUGAAUCCACAUGGACCUUUGCAGCACCACCUCCAGGUUCCCAAGACUCCCAGCACGCCUGGCCAGCGGGUUGGUGAGAUCUUGUUUUUGGAGCCUGGACAUCACUGCUUUGCUUUGCUUUGCUUAGUUGUGCAUGUAGUCAAUAAAUCUGUCUGUUAGAGAA